CAAUGCAACGCCCCUUUUACUCCAAAUAUGGUAAAGCGUCUGGAACUUGUGUCUCGCUUUUACUGGCGUUUUCGCCGACUUUUAACGACGAAAUAGCAAAAACGUCGACAUUUAUGAAGGUUUUACUCAAUUCGAGUGGGAAUAACUGAUAGUUUAAGGGUAAAUGUCUGCGGAUGGUGCCACCGUGCUCCGCAUGUGACUGCCUGGAGGAGGCGUGGCCAUCAUGUCUCGUGUACUGUACCGUGGAAGGCUGAGUGUUGGCCACCAGCCACUGACGGAAAAGCAUCCGCCCGACGACCAGCUUCACCUACCGGGACCCAUAACAGUCCUUCUCCGGCUCAUACCUUACGUUUUACUCGUCAAAAAAUUCACCUUCUGAUACGCCGAUGUAGUUGCUUGUAGGCCUUCUUGUCCGUAGCAACAGGAAAACGAGAUGAGUGCCAAGAGGAAGGUGGAAAGUGACUCGCGGGCCGCCAACAGGCCUCGCGUCAUGAAGUCUCAUGGCAACUCCCGAGCCGACUCGGAGAGAGACUCUGGAUUCUCAGAUGCGAGCUCAGAGCACACGGGAACCAUGGACAACACUGACUCUGACGACUCGCCACGGCCUUUCGUGAGGCCGGGAACCCGGACGCCCGCUUCCAGACAGCUGGCUGUGGUAGGGGGGUCCUACUCUGGCAUGUCCCCCAUGAUCAUCAUGAACAAUGUGCUCCUCAAACAGCCCGGUGACAACCCGCCAGCCAUGAAACCCUGGAGCUUUAGUCCUAGCGUUGAGGUUGUCCAGCAGCCUCAGGUGGUCUUCCUUCAGCCUGUGGUCUCCCGCCAAACCUCCAAGGAGGCGACCCGACAUAGGCGCCCCAAGAAGUAUCUUCCCAUCCUCAAGUCCUACCCCAAGAUCGCGCCGCAUCCCGGCGACUCUUCUUCCUCCUCCUCCUCGUCAGGGAGGGGAACAGUCUCUUCUUCCUCCUCCACCUCUUCGUCUUCUUCCUUGUCUUCUUCUUCGGCGUCAGGGUCUCAGCGGGAGCCGAGCCAGAUCGACGGUCUUCCCGGAAGCCAAGACAACGUGCGACCGCCGCAGACCCGGCUCAGCGAGGCGCCUUCGCCGGCCAUCGACUCGUCGGAAUUCCCGCCACCGGCCGAACGCGAGCCAGACGAUGACGUGGGCGACACUAGGAGGAAGCGCUUCUGCAACACGUAUAACAUCCUGAGCAAAUCGGGCCUCCUGGACAUCACGCUGCGAACCAAGGAGCUGCUGCGCCAGAACCGCCGCACCCAGACGGAUCUCGACCGCCUGCGGGAGCACACCGAUCUCUUCCUGCAGGCGCUGCGCAGUGGCGACGCCGGCAUCUGCGCCAAGCUGCAAGCCAGCCUUCAGGAGGAGGACGGGAAACGGACGACGCUCGCCGGGUUAAAGGACGAUUAGGCCUUCGGACUUUGUUUUCGUGAGGGUUCAGAGACAGCUGGAGCGAGACUAACGUGACGUGACCCACAUUAUGCGGCGCUCAAAGCCUCGCUGGCAGUUUGGCCUACAUUUUUGGCCACCGACACACGAGCCGAGCCGCCCCUCAAUGGACAUGUUUUUGUUGGCCCGACAUUCACCAAGCUCUUGUUACACUUGCACUUCCAUUACUGGCACUAAUACUUACAAGAGAGUUUCGGUGAGAUCUUAAAAGUCUUAAAUUUACUCAUCCCGAUAAAGUGUCUUAAUCCUUUAUAGGGCAAAAAAAAAAUUAACAAUAGUUUCAGAUAUUUAAAAAAAAAAAAAAAUAGAAGUAAUCCAGUCUUCUAAAUAACUGGUGUCAAAUUCAAGGUCUAGGGGCCAGAUACAGUCCACCACACACACACACAUAUAUAUAUAUAUAUAUAUAUAUAUAUAUAUAUAUAUAUAUAUAUAUAUAUAUAUAUAUAUAUAUAUAUUUUAGACUAAAAAAAAAAAAAAGUUUAAUUUUUAAAAGAAUACUUUUUCCCCUUUUGAUUCGCUGUCAGAUUCUCCCAGUCAUAAUGGAUUGGACGUCUACUGUUGUCAAUGGCAGCCAAUGAGUGCAGUGCACCAUAUAAGGUUAAGAAUGGAAUCGCAUUAAAUUCAUCUCUUCAUUGCUAACCACUAACCCCGGUAUGUGAUAUGGUGAAAAAGGACCAAUUGAAACAUUUUGUUAAAGACUUUUCAUUGGCUAAACUGUUGCCAGGCAGACUACGAUUACUGAAAUGACUCAUUUUUUAGCUAAUGUACCUAAUUCUUGUGCAUCGACUUCAUUUUUCUCACUAAAUUAAAUUUCAAUUAUUGUUUUUCUACUUAACAAUCUAAAAAUAUUAAUUACGUCACCCCCCCCCCCCCCCCCCAUUUACCCCCCUUUCAUUCGCUGUCAGCCUCUCCCAGUCAAAUUAUAAUGGACAUUUCAUGUCGUCAAUGACAGCCAAUGAGAGCCCUAUAAAAGGUUAAGAAUUGAAUCACAUUAAAUUCUGUUCCUCAUAAUUAACUACUAAGCCAAUUUGCAAUGAUUAAUUGAUACCUGUUGUGGAGGAUCCUGACUUUUCAUUGGCUAAACUGUUGCCAGGCAGACUACGAUUCCUGAAAACUAAAAGGUUUCUUGUUUAAUGUACCUCAAGUGUCUUUUUGUUUUACGCUGCACGCGUCGAUUCCGGCUUCCCGUUAGCACAGCGGGCGGUUCCUGUUGCAGCGUCUUUGAUGUUGACUUUGAUGUCCGUCGCUAUUGAUUUGAAAAUGUCUAAAAAUGUUUAAAGUGGGACAAAAAAGGCCUUAUGAUUGUGGCACGUUUGAGCACAACACAAAAUCCCUAGCAGAGUAGAUCAAGGCAGCUAAUGUUUAUCGAAAAAAAACAGCAUCAACCACUAUGCUUUAUAUCUUGUUUCCUCUGUAUUACCAAAACAUACUUGAAAUGGCUUAAAAAUGAGGGAUUGUGUAUUUCUUUCCAAUGUGAGUGAGGAUGUCUUCUCAUUGGUUGAGGUUCAACUCUUGCACCCGAAUCUUAAUGGGUUUUAGACGGCAUUAAGCCGCUUGCGACUGUCUGUCUGUUCCAUUUUAUUUUCCGCUUCCCUAAUUGUCUCCCUGCAUUCGUUUGGCCAUCUGUCACCAAUGUUUGCGUCAAAAAAAUAUCCUCCUAAUGUUACUCUGUGAUCUUUUAGCUGACGACUUGAGUCUUUUUGACAGAAAACUAAACAAUGUUGGUUGUUUUAAGCCACCGGGUGUGUGUUAUCUGCUUCUUAUCAAGAGAAUGUGUCGUGUUUCAGUAAGCGGGUGGAUGAGUUGAGUGAUAUUCAACCCUGCAGCUAAAGAAAUUUAUUAUCAAGGACUCUUCUGUUUUGUGGGACUAAAACCAAAACAAUGAGCUUCCAUUUAUAAGUAAAACCUAAACCCACACCACAAAGUGUUUUGGUUGUCUUAAGACUUAUUUUGGGGGACAUGCAGCUUUUUGCCACCAUAGAUAUACCGCAAUUUUCAGACUAUAGCCGCAACUGUUUUCCUUAAUUUUGAAUCCUGCAACUUACAGUCCAGUGCGGCUUAUUUGUUGAUUUAUUUGGGUUAACAGGUAACACUUUCUUUGAUAGCGGCGUCAUAAGACCGUCAUAAUUAUGACAUAACACUAUCAUGGGCAUAAAUAAAUGCAUGUGUUAGAUGCAAUUAAGUGUCAUCCGGCAAAGUGUCACUAACUCAUUUAUAUCCAGCUAGGAUCUUUUUCAUCCAUUCAAAAGUGAGAUAAUAUGCCUAAAUGACAUGUCAUAUGCAUUUAUUAAUGCCCAUGACCGUGUCAUUUCAUAAUUAUGAUUGUCUAAUGACAGUCUUAUGGCGCCACUGUCAAAUAAAGUGUUACAAAAUACACUAGCAAUUAAUGAAACAACUGGAACAGUAACUGAAGAAAUAAUUAGCAAAGAAGAUGAAUUUUGAUCGUUAUUUACACCUGUAGUGCUGCAAUGCAUGCUAGGAGGCAUGUUUAACAAGUCUUGACAGCAGAAGUUGACUGUCUCCCCCAAGGGGGCCUCUUGAAGCAAUGAAGCUUUGCAGUCAAUUGGUUCAAAGCUUCAUGGUGGUUCAUUUGGUCAUAUUACAGUCGUAUGAUGCCACUGCCAAAUAAAGUGUUAUCGGUCAAUAUCUUUUGGUGUAAAUAUCCCAUAAUAAGGUGAGGACAGCUGCAGCUUAUAGUCCAGUGCGGUUUAUCUAUGAACAAAUGUCGUUUUGGUGUCAAAUUUGAUGGGUGGCGGGUAAUAGGUGCGUCUUAUAGAGCGAAAAUUACGGUAUAUAUUUUUUAAAAGUGUCUGAUGGGUGUCAUCACUUGACUGACAUUUUGUGUCGAGCCAUCUGAUAAUUAAUGGAGCAUGUACUUUGAAAAAGCUAUAAAUUGCUCAAUUUUCAACCCAUUUUGAAACGGCUUGGGUUGUCUUAAGUGCUCUAAAUUAAAUGCGAACCUAAAAAUGCACGUUUUUUCCCCCCUCCUUAAAAAUCCAGCCUGAAAAUUAGCCACGGUAACACGGUACACUAUAAACCAAGUAAUUGGUAAACGGGUCAUGAAUUGAGUAUUUCGGUGGAGAAAAUCACUGACCUUAUGUCCGAACCUGGCAUUGAAGUCCCCGAUGCAAGAUGGCCGGUAGUUGCUUAUGCCGUCGAGCCUUACAAAUGGGCUUUCUAUGAUUGUUACUAUCAAGAAGGCUGCUGUCACAUGCUCUGCAGAUAAAUACAAGAAUUUAUUGAUUUAAGAAAAAUGUUGGCAAUCAGUCAUACUUUGGCCUGUCACGACAUUUACUACACCAAAAUGUUGGCAGUGCUAUCAAUGGCAGCCUGAAUUAGAGAUGGGCGUUAUUGCUCUCUGGAGCCAAAUCCGUUUACAAUUAUUCGAUUAAUUGGCAAUUAUUCUGCUAAUUGUUCGAUUUUUCUCGUUUAGUAAGACGACUCACCAAGCUAAUGUUUAAUCAUGAACACGAGAUAGCAUUUAAUUACUCAGACAUUCAUCUUGUUUUGCGUUACACUCACUGAGAUAGCAUUUGCAUUAACGUGAGGAUUGUGAUAGUCUCUUUCAGCCAAGGCCGUAGGUUUGCAUAGGGACGGUAGGGACAAAACACUACCAACUUUUCAGGAUGCUCAAAUUGUCCCCAUCAACUUUUAAGCAACCUUAUUUGCGUUAUACAGUAUAAUGACUUCAGUUAUAUAGGUCAUUCAGAUUGUCUUCCCAUAUGUCGUAAGGAUAGAAUUGCGCCUACCGUUAUUAAGUCAAUUAUUAUUUUCAUUAUGUUCAGACUUACAUGUACCUGUUUCCACUUGCUGAAUGUGCCGGUCCAUUUUUUCCCCUCCUAAACGCACAUUUGAUUGGCUGAUGACUUGACCCCCCCACCCCUCCGAUAUACUCACAAACACACACACAUUAGAUAUUAGAGAUAUUAGGGAUAUUAGAAGGGUUUUUUUUAGCCAGCAACAGCCACUGUAAGAAAUAUAAAAAGACGUCAAUGUUGUGGAAGUGGGGAACACACCAGUAAUUUUGCUAAUGAUAGUGAGACCUGCAUCGUAGUUAGCAUAACAUUAAACUGUGUGAACUUGACCUUGCGAAACUCGAGUAGGAAGCUGCUUAGAGAGAAGUGUCCUGUAUGUGUUUUCUACUGUUAACGUUAAAUUAACUGUGAGAAAUACAGUAAACCAGGGUUUACCCCCUUCCCACAAUUUUACUUUUUUUUAAUCUAUGUUGUCUUAAAGCAGCUUACAAAAGGAGCUUUUAUUUUUUGUUUUAGUGUUUUACCUAAAGGACAGCUCCAUUUUUAUUUAUUUUUGUCAUUCCCUGACAAAGAAGUUUUUUCAGUUAUAUUUAAUUUCUUUAGACAAUGUUGAGUGGGCUUAAGACAUAUGUUCCUUUUUUUUAAAUUCCUGAAUAGUGAAGAGAUGAUCAACAAGUUUGUAUUUAUUGUGCAUGUUAAUAUAAUUUAUGUAGAAAUAAUGCAAUUUAAAUUUGUUAAUAAAAUCCAGACAUUUUUCUGGAUUUUGUUUGUUUGUUUGUUUGUUUUUGAAAACAAAGGUUUGAAUUGAACGGUGUAGGCUGAACCAGUAUACAUAAAAGUUAGUAUAAGUCAAUACAGGUUUAUUUUGCAUUGAUCAUCAUGAAUGUCCCGUCCCCAGCAAAAAGUGUACAUGCAGGUUAUGCAAUUCCGUCUCUACCAAUGUUCAGACCAAACCUACGCCCUUGCUCUCAGCGUUAAUUGAAAAAUCGUCAUGUAGCCUUUUCUAAUGGGCCUCCAAGCUGAAAAGAACGUGUGAGUAAAUAAAGGUUGGCAUUGCAACUUGAGAAGGCGGGACGUGUUUGCUUUAACAAACCAAACGGUCAUUAUCACCUUGCACAAAAACACAGGAUGUCCAGGACGAAAAUAACAACUAUAUUUCCUUUUACCAAAAUAAUUGGCGCAUUUAACUAGUGAGAAAAAUGUUUUACCUUUUCUCGAUUGAGUUACAUGCAGCAAAAUGGAUGUCAGUUAAAUAGGUUUAGGGGUAAAAGACAUGUGAAAAGUACAAAAGUAUAAGAUGAAUUAUUUGUGGAUCUUUAUUUUUGUAUUGUCUUAUUGUUUGCCC